GUACACAGUAGCACACACAGGGAUACGCGCAGUAGAGUGGACUCUCUUUUACCACACAACUGGUCACCUUUUUUUUAUUUUCUUGAGAAAGUGGCUGAAUUUUUCCUGCGAAAAUGGCAUUUACAUCAGUGCUAACCGUAGUAGGGCUACUGUUCGUAGCUGUAGUUACGGCGAACAUUGACUACGUGUAUCACAACUAUACGGAGUUAACGCGUGUGCUCGGGGAGACAGCGUUACAGUGCCCGGGUAUCAUGCAGGUUUACACCGUCGGUACCAGCGUGCAAGGCCGGGAACUUUGGGUUAUGGAGAUCAGCGACAAUCUUGGUGACCACGAGCCAGGUGAACCCGAAUUCAAGUAUGUAGGAAACAUGCACGGGAACGAAGUAGUCGGGAGAGAGAUCCUGGUGUACCUGAUCCAGUACAUCUGUCAGCAGUACCAGGCCGGAGAUAGCCGCAUCAGGAGCCUGGUGCACGAGACUAGGAUCCACAUCAUGCCCUCCAUGAACCCGGACGGCUUCGAGUACGCCGAGGCUUAUACUCCUCCAACCAACCCAAACGAGACGGACUGGACUUAUCUAGCCGGUCGGUACUCUUUCUUCGACAACGGAGAGCGCUACGACGGGUUCAACGGCACCGACCUCAACCGAAACUUCCCGGAACUGAACACGUUAGUGUAUCGGUACGAGAACACUUCAGGACCGAACCACCAUCUCAGCGUACCCGAUGACUUCUGGACGGGGAACACUGUCAGUCUGGCGCCCGCGCCCGAAACUAAACUAGUGAUGGACUGGAUUCUUCGCUAUCCCUUCGUCCUUUCGGCUAACCUUCACGGGGGCGAAGUCUUGGCCAACUACCCUUACGACUUGUCCCGAACGUACCCGAACAACCCGACCGCGUACACGAGGUGUCCCGACGACGAAGUCUUCCGAGAGUUGUCCAAGGCCUACUCUUUGGCUCACGGUACAAUGGCAAAGUGUGGUGUGACCCAACCAUGUUAUACUGACGACUUUGCCUGCCAGGAUGGCAUCACCAACGGAGCGGCAUGGUACAGCACAACGGGAUGUAUGCAGGAUUUCAACUACCUGGCGUCCAACUGCUUUGAAAUCACGCUGGAGCUGUCGUGUAACAAGUUUCCUCCGGAGGCAGAACUGGUGCAGUUCUGGGAGGACAACAGGGAGGCGCUUUUGCAAUAUAUGGAAAAGGUACACAGCGGCAUUAAAGGGUUUGUAAGGGACACGAACAACAACGGAAUCGCUGACGCUGUUAUCUCUGUCAGGGGCAUCAAUCAUGACGUCACAACAGCACGUGACGGCGACUAUUGGAGACUGCUGGUUCCAGGGACGUACCGUGUGACUGCAUCAUGGGGAGGUUGGACUCAGGAGAAGACGUGCACAGCCGCGAACCGAGCCGGAGUCUGUGACUUUGUCCUAGGGGCACCUCCCACCCAGCCUCCCAGCACCUCUGCCGCAAGCCCCGCAAUGCCGCUGAUGUGGAGUUCGGUGCUGGCGAUCGCGGCUUUAGUCUUCAGUUGGCUUCGCCCCUGAGGCGUCACCAAAAAUAAUUCUUUCUGUGCCAUCAUUACGAACCCGUAAGAAACACGCUAUUCUAAACUGUUGCCACAAUUUCUCCGAGCUUUUACUAUCUAGAAGGUCACAGAAAAGUGUUUUUAUCAAAAUCACAAAACCCACUUAUUUUGCAGAACGUGGGACAGUUCAUUCACGACUGCUUUGAAAGAAAAAGUCAAACCCAACAAUAGUAAAUGUAGUGCCUUAAAGUUUAUUGGAAACUAGUGUUUUUACUGACUUAAAUUACUUUAAGACUGUAUGUGCAAUUAGUCCUCGGACAUGAUUUUGAAAAUAGACAAAAGUAUUCCGCCAAUUAUACCACCAACUUACAAGCUUAUCAAUAAUAUUAUACUAACGAUCUCUCCACACAAAUUUAAAAAUGCCUGGUUUAAGUUUGAGUUUGUUACUUCAAAACAUGUAACG